ACACGCCAGUUCGCAAUACGGAUUUAAGUCACAGACGGAAACAGCGAAUUUUGCCGCCAAAUCUGAGGCCUUGCCGUGGAGGAGGACAGGAGAGGAGGACACUUAGCACCUUCUGCGCCCCUGCUGGAGAGGAUGGUGGCUGUAGCUGAGAACUGCACGAUCCCCGAAGAUGUGUGGAAGAAGGUUGAAGAGCUUCAGGCAGAAUACAAGGAGGAGGAGAUCACUCUGAAGGGCUAUGUGAAACGGCUGCGGUCCCUGCUUGACUCUCAUCUCAUGGAAACACACCGUCAAGACAUUGCUCAACUAGAUAAGGGACUCAAAGAUGCUGAAUUUACUGAGGGCACAUACUUCAAGAAGUUGGAGAAAUUGCUGGAAUCAAAUUUGAAAUUAGCAGCAAAUAAUGACAAAGUCACAGGAAACAAGAAUAAGUCACAAAACAGCGUUGCCUCAGGAAAACAAAAACUUUCUAUGUUUGCCUACAAAGAGAACAGCAAGAAUGGUAGCAAUGCCAGUACAGAUAUAGGAAUGGUAAUGUUACCAGUACAGGUAAAGCUAGAGGAGAUAUGUGAAAGCAAUGGUCACCAAAACAAUGAGAAGAUGAAUGGUCAAGAAAGUAAUAGAGAUAUGAAAGAAUAUGAAAGGAAUGGUCAAAAGAUUAAGGAAGAGAUAAAUACAGAUGUGGAGGAACAUGAAGAUAAUGAAGAAGAGAUGAAAGAAUGUGAAAGCAAUGGUCAAGAAUUUAAGGAAGAGACAAAUAUAGAUGAGGAAGAACAUGAAAACAAUGGUCAGGAAAAUAAUGAAGAAGAAAUGACAGAAUGUGAAAGUAAUGGAGAAAAACCAAUUGAAACCAAUAGCACAAUGACAGAAGAGGAGAAAGAAAUGGACACAGAAGAUGCUGCUCCCUCAUCACCACCACCACAAAAGAAGCAGACAAAAGGUCGAACAGCGCGCCGAAGGCAGCCUCAGGCUGGGCAGAGAUCCAUAACAGAUUUAUUCUCACCAUCAUCCAAGCAGAGGACUGAGAAGAAUGAAGAGAAAGAAGAGGAAGACACAGACAAAGUUCAUGAACCUGAUGAGAAGAGGCAAAAACUUGAGGAAGAUACAAAGGAACCUGCAAAAGACACUACACCAAGAGAGAAGCCUGAGUCACAGAAGUGGAUUGUCAACCGAUGUGAGAUAUGUCGACAGCACCUCUCCAGUCCAGACCUGUUGCUGUACCCUGGCCAUCCUGAGGGCUCUGUGGAGGAGUUCAUUGCCCUCACAGACCAAAGACUCUCUCUUUUCACUGGCAAUGAAGAAUUUAUUCAUGAGUAUGAUGAGAGACCACAACAUAAGAUCACAGAGUUCAAUGUGUAUGACACGGAGGGUCACCUUUGCCCAUUUGAUGGCGGUCUUAUAGAGCGCAAUGUUCUGCUGUAUUUCUCUGGCUUCCUCAAACCCAUCUAUGAGGAAGAUCCGAGUGCAGAGGGUGGCAUUGCCACUAAGGACAUCGGCCCCAUCAAUGAGUGGUGGAUAUCUGGUUUUGAUGGUGGUGAGAAGGCUUUGAUUGGCUUCUCUACUUCAUAUGCUGAGUACAUCCUGAUGUCAGCUAGUGAGAUGUAUUCUCCUUUUGUGGAGGCUGUGAAAGAAAAAAUAUAUCUCAGUAAGCUGGUGAUAGAGUUCUUGCUGAAUGAUGCUCAUGCAUCCUAUGAAGACUUGUUGAACAAGCUGGAGACAGCAGUGCCCCCCAGUGGCCUGCGGACCAUAACAGAAGACUCCUUGUUGAGACAUGCACAGUUUGUGUGUGACCAGGUUCACAACUUCGACUUGGCUGGAGAGGAGAAUGAGGACAUGCUCAUCACUGCACCAUGUAUCCGGGACCUCAUCAGACUAGCAGGCAUCACUCUGGGCAAGCGUCGUGCACUGAGGCGUGUUGGUCCCAAGGUCAAGGUUGUUAAGACACCCAAGUGGACCAAGGCAACCACAACUCCACUUGUCAGAAACAUGUUUGAGUCUUUCUUCCCUGAGCAGAUAGACACUGACAAAGAAUUUGGUCCCACCAGAAGAACGCGCUGUGGGGUGUGUGAUGCUUGUCAGAGGAAUGAUUGUGGGCAGUGUAAGCAUUGCAAAGACAUGGUCAAGUUUGGAGGCUCCGGCAGAUCCAAGCAGUGUUGCAUCGAUCGCCGGUGUCCCAACAUGGUGGUAGCUGAGGCAGACGACGAUGACAAUGAGGAGCUGGUAGGCAUUCCACUGGAAGACGGCACUGCCAAGCCAAAACUUCACCGCAUCCGAAGACACACCCACCACGUUGCCUGGAGUGGAAAACCAACCAUCACUGAGGGGAAGAGGACCUACUAUAACUGUGUCCUGAUCAACGAGGAGGAGUAUUUUGUGAAUGACUGUGUGAUGGUGGAGCCUGAUGACCCCCAGACCCCAGUGUACAUUGCCCGCAUCAACCACAUGUGGGAGGAUGGCAUGGGCAAGAAGCACUUCCACGCGGAUUGGUUCUGCCGAGGGACUGACACAAUGCUGGGAGAGACGGCUGAUCCACUGGAACUGUUUCUCAUCAAUGACUGUGAAGACACGCUUAUUGAUGCUAUCAUGAAAAAGGUCACGGUACAGUAUGUUGGUCCACCGCCAAACUGGAAGAUGCUUGGUGGUAUCCCAGAGAAAGAUGAAGAUUACCCUGUCAAGGAGAAGGAUGGCACCACCUACUGGUACAAGAUGAUGUACACGCCUGAGUAUGGGCGCUUUGAAGACAUUCCUGAAGAUUAUAACACAAAGGUCACAGGUGAACAGAAAAGUCACAGGUACUGUUCCUCAUGUGCUAAUCUUGAAAAAGCUGAAAAGAGAGAGCUGUGUGUGCUGGGCAAGAAACUUGAGGAGUCCACUCAGUCACAAAACAGGUAUGCAUCAGUCACAUACUUGGAUGAUGACUUUGCCAUGGCAGAUUGUGUGUUUGUGAACCCAGAUGCUUUCCACUUUCAGAUUAAACCUGCUCCUGCCCCAGAGAAGGAAGAGAGGAUGAAAAAUGUGGAUGAAGAAAUGUAUCCAGAGUAUUACAGGAAGUCUUCAGACCACAUCAAAGGAUCUAAUGAAAUGACACCUGAACCCUUCAGAAUUGCAAGAAUCCUGUACAUCACAAGCAGGAGUACAGAGUCAGCCCAGAGUCCCAGUGAUGUGUCGGUGAGAGUGGCCAAAUUUUACCGUCCAGAGAACACUCACAGAGGUGCUGUAGCCUCCCAUCAGGCAGAUAUGAACCGCCUCUACUGGAGUGAAGAAGAGACCUGGAUAACCUUCAGAGAUAUCACUGGGAAGUGUUUCGUGACUUUUCAAGAUAAUCUGUUUGACAAAACCAACGAUGAUCUCAUGAAGGAACUGCCGCAUCAUUUCUAUUUUGCCGAGGCUUAUGAUGCGUCACGGAAAGCCUUUGUAGAGCCCCCUCUCAAGGCACAGAACAUGGGCAGACUGGGAAAAGGCAAGGGAAAAGGAAAGAAAAAAGGCAAGGGCAAGUGCUUCCCUGAUGACAAUGAGGAAGCCAAUUUCCAAGGUUUCAAGGAGAGCCCAGAGGUGAAGCACAAGCUGCGCACGAUGGAUGUUUUUGCCGGUGUGGGAGGUCUGUCUGAGGGAUUCCACCAGGCUGGGGUGAGUGAGUCAAAGUGGGCAAUUGAGGCAUUUGAGCCAGCAGCCUUGGCCUACAGACUCAACUUUCCCAGUGCAACAGUGUUCACCGAUGACUGUAAUGGCUUACUGAGACUGGUCAUGGAUGGCAACAACAUGAACCACAAGGGCCAGCGUCUGCCUCAGAAAGGUGAUGUUGAGAUGCUGUGUGGAGGUCCCCCAUGCCAAGGAUUCUCAGGAAUGAACAGAUUCAACAGUCGGCAAUAUUCUCUAUUCAAGAAUUCUUUAGUGGCCUCUUAUCUAUCGUACUGCGAUUACUACCGUCCACGAUUCUUUCUGCUUGAAAAUGUACGCAACUUUGUGUCAUACAAGUGUGGCCUGGUGCUGAAACUAACCCUGCGAGUGCUGGUCAAGCUGGGCUAUCAGUGUACCUUUGGCAUCCUUCAGGCAGGAAACUAUGGCGUUUCACAGACUCGUAGAAGGGCAAUCAUCUUAGCAGCUGCUCCAGGAGAAAAAUUGCCCAAGUAUCCAGAAUCUACUCAUGCCUUCUCCCGAAGGUCAAGCAAUUUGUCUGUUGUGAUUGAUGGCAAGAAGUAUGUAACCAACUGCCAGUGGACAGAGUCUGCCCCAUUGCGUACAGUAACAGUGCGAGACACCAUGUCAGACCUGCCAGAGAUACCCAAUGGCCACCGCAAGGAAGAAAUGAGCUAUGGAGCCGAGCCUGUCUCUCACCUCCAGCGCUUGAUUCGUGGCAACCAGUACCAGCCAAUCUUGAGAGACCACAUUUGCAAGGAGAUGGCUCCAUUGGUGGCUGCUCGUAUUGAGCACAUCCCUACAGCGCCAGGUUCAGACUGGCGAGACUUGCCGAACAUUGUGGUCACCUUGUCUGAUGGAAAGGAAACCAAGAAACUCUUGUAUCUUCACCCUGACAAGAAGCAAGGCAAGUCCUCAAAAGGAGCAAUGCGUGGCGUGUGCCCCUGUGCUGCUGGGCGUGCAUGCCACCCAAUGGACCGACAGUACAACACCCUCAUCCCCUGGUGUCUGCCACACACAGGCAAUCGCCACAAUCACUGGGCUGGUCUUUACGGGAGACUGGAGUGGGAUGGAUUCUUCUCCACCACUGUCACUAACCCUGAACCUAUGGGCAAGCAGGGCCGAGUGUUGCACCCAGAACAGACACGGGUGGUCAGUGUUCGGGAGUGUGCUCGUUCCCAGGGCUUUCCAGACACAUUCCGCUUCUUUGGAACCAUCUUGGAGAAACACAGACAGGUUGGUAAUGCUGUGCCGCCUCCAAUGGCCCGUGCUUUAGGAUUGGAAAUAAAAAAAUGUAUACUUCAAAGAGAAUAUGAAAUGGAGAAGUCAUAAGAGAACAGUAAAGGUUGGCAACUGAUUUUAGUACAACACUUGUUUUUAUUUUGUAGAAAGAUUUUAUGCUUUAUUUUGCUUUUAAUACAUUUUAUAGAUGUCAUUUAAUUAUUACUAUUUUAAGUGAUAGAGAUAUUGUAAGUAAAUAUUUUUGUAAAAAGUUUUCAAAACUACAUACUGUGGAAUUUUUCGGUAUGAUAGUAAUAGUAGUUUUUUUAUAAAAUGCCUCAGACUUUGCUCUUGUGCAACAUUUAUAAUACUAUUAGUUAUAGGCAAAAUAUAUUUCAUGAACCUAG